AUGCGUGCGACGAAUGUAAUGGCUCAGCUCGUCUCACUCUGCGUUACCAUUGGGCAGAAGCCUGCAGUCCGCUACCACAAGAACCAAUUGCCAUGGUGCGAGCAGCUGGCGACGCUUGUUCACAAAGCGCUGGAGGCGGAGGAAAUUCCGCCGUCUAACCACCCAGGUACUACACUCCUUAUCUUGGAUCGCUCAGUGGACCUGGCGCCUCUCUUUAUUCACGAAUACACUUACCAGGCUCUGGCGUACGACGUUCUGGACCUUCCGGUUUGCUGUCGUAUGCCGCCUCAGAAGGCUUCCCAUGAUACGCCAGUAGUCAUGGAGGAUGUCUAUGAGUAUGAUGUGACAAACAACAUGGGUUUGAUUGAAAGGAAGAAGCACGUUCAGGAAGUAAACCAAAGUGUCCAGGAGGAAGUUCAGCUCUUUCUAAAGGAAAACAGCACCGCCAAAGUGCAGCAAAAUGUGGCAACGACAUCAGAGGACACCCUGCGGGCGAUUCGCUCCCUUCCGCAGUACCAGGAGGCGCUCUCACGGGAUCUCUGCUGUGGCGUCGACAAAGAUGGAAAGGAGAUUAGCGCAUCGAAACUGCAGGCAGCCGUUGGGUCACUUGUUUCUGAUGACACUAUUCAGUGCGUCUUCUUCCAAAUAGGUGCACCUGCAACAGCUAGGAAGCCAGCGUGGAAGAGGCCCGAUGAGAAGCUUCGUCUACUCCUCCUGGAGUUUACACACAUCCUUGGCUUGGAUGCAGCGGAUCGGACUAAGACGCUGCGCAACCAAACACCUGCACGAAUUGCGGAUGUGACGCAGUUGAACUCCACUCAGCUUCCUUGUCACGCGAACAGGCUUCGGUACGCUGUGUGUAAGUCCAAGCCUGUCCAUCGAUUUGAAGAAGACCGAGAGAAAAUUCGGCACUUCAAGCACCGGGCGAAACGGGCCCGCUACGAUCUGUCGAGGUUUGAACCUGCAGUCCGCGAGAUCAUGGAAGUGGGCAAAAGGAGGCACAAGACAGAACCUAGAGACGUGGAGGGCGUAUUUUCGACUACACAGCUGGAGAAGGAUGGAAAACGAAGAACCAGUGCAGACGAAGCGAGGAAGUGUUCUGAAAUGCGAUGCGCGUAUGAAGUGUCAAAAGAACUAAACUGCGAGGUUUUCAUCGGUGGCACGAAUAUUCUCACACCCGGCCAAGUUUUGAAACAACUGAAGGAAUAG